GUCAUGUCGUCGUCCGUGUGGUUCUCGGGCCCCCUCCGGAUCCUUGUGCUCAUCCUCUCAGUCGCUCUGACUCUCACACUUGUGUUUUUGGGUUAUAACUCAAAAAACCUCUCUACGUUUGGCAAUUCAGUACUUUUUCAAAAGUCCCCCACAAACUGUUCAACUGAGAAGAAGGCAGAAAGAAAGACUGAAGAUGUGAUCAUCCUCAUCUGGAUGUGGCCAUUUGGCACAAAGUUUGACAUGAACUGUGACCCGUUCACCAUCACCGGGUGCAAAUUGACGGACGAUAGGUCUCUGUACUCCAAAGCACAUGCUGUCAUGAUCCACCACCGAAACAUCCAGGUAAAUGACCUGCCCAAAGAGCCACGCCCCUCUUUUCAGAAGUGGGUGUGGUGGAACAUGGAAUCACCUACACACUCAUCCCGAGUGGAAGCUCUCGACAGCCUUUUCAACCUGACGUGUAACUACCGCCGUGACUCAGAUAUCUUCACGCCGUACGGGAGCCUGGUGCCAGUGACAAACAAUGACGAACCUUUCACCCAAAUCCCGAUAAAAGACAAACUGGUCUGUUGGAUCGUGAGCAACUGGAACAUACGCCACAAACGAGUCGAAUACUUCAAGGAGCUCAAAAAACACUUGGAAAUCAAGGCGUACGGCCUCGCAUUCGGACAACGCAUCAGCAAGGAAAUGUACGUUCAGAUCAUGAGCAGCUGCAAGUUUUACCUGUCGUUUGAAAACUCUAUUCACAAAGAUUACAUCACGGAGAAGUUCUACAGGCCGCUGGAGCUCGGGGCAGUGCCGGUGGUUCUGGGACCUCCGAGAGAAAACUACGAAAUCCACGCGCCCGCACAAUCCUUCAUCCACGUGGACGACUUCGCCUCCCCCAAGGAGCUGGCGGAGAGGCUGCAGCACCUGGACCAACACCCGGAGGAGUACAUGGACUACUUUGAGUGGAGGAACAGUUUUAAGGUGGUGUCGACGUGGUUCGGACAUGAGCACGCGUGCAGGACGUGUUAUUACCUCCAAACAAUGAACCGGUACCAAAGUCUGCGUAGUCUGAACAACUGGUACUGGAGCAGCUGAACUGAGCUCCAGGACAUCAGGAAAUAAAAAUAUCUGUGGUGUGUUUUGAUCAGGGUGUAAGUUUCCUCUUUCUGUCGGUAAACGGUGCUAUUGUAUUGGAAGUAUGUUGAUUUG